AUGGUAGUAGAAUCGUCACCCCCUACUCGCCUGCGAAUCAGCCUUCCCCUCCUUUCUCCCACGAGCCACCUUGUUUCCGUCGCGAUUUCGUUAAUCCAUCCAUCGCCCUCGCUCUCUCCCCUCGCUUCCCGUCGCCCUCGCUCUCUCCCCUCGCUUCCCGUCGCCCUCUCUCUCUCCCCUCCCUUCCCGUUGCCCUCUCUCUCUCCCCUCCCUUCUCGUCGCCCUCUCUCUCUCCCCUCCCUUCCUGGUGACCUCGCUCUCUCCCCUCCCUUCCCAUCGCCAUCGCUCUCUCUUCUCCCUUCCCGACGCCCUCUCUCUCUCCCCUCCCUUCUUGUCGCCAUCGCUCUCUCCUCUCCCUUCCCGUCGCCCUCUCUCUCUCUCUCUCUCUCUCUCUCUCUCUCUCUCUCUCUCUCUCUCUCUCUCUCUCUCUCUCUCUCUCUCUCUCUCUCUCUCUCUCUCUCUCUCUCUCUCUCUCUCCCCUCCCUUCCCGUUGCCCUCGCUCUCUCCCCUCCCUUCCCGUCGCCAUCUAGCUCUCCCCUCCCUUCCCGUCGCCAUCGCAAGAUGCAGUCGUUGUGCUCUUCGUGCCUUUCUUCCCUGCCCUCCCAUCACCCAACCUCUUUCCGCGAUUUUUGCACACUCAGGGUACAUUCCGCUGUGGACACGUCCCAAUCGAUGUGUCCCAAUCGUUUCUACCGCACUGCAUCGUAUUACACCAAUUUGCACCCUAGUUUCGAAAUUUUUGCGUCUCUGGUUUAG